CGUCCCGUGCCGUCCCACCACAAAAUAAGGGGCUACCCCGUGCAGCACACCACAGACGGAUCGCGCGCACUGCAACGGCGCUGACAGACAUGGCCGCCGCCGCCUCCACCGUCUCUGGCCUCGCCGGCGCCGCGCUGGCCGGCCGGCCGGCCUUCUCCACCAGUUUCACGAGGGGCGGUCGGGUGUCGGCGAGGAACCCCCUGAUGGCGAGGAACCUGGAGAGGAACGGCAGGAUCACCUGCAUGGCGUUCCCCCGGGACUGGCUGCGGAGGGACCUGAGCGUGAUCGGGUUCGGCCUCAUCGGGUGGAUCGGGCCGUCCAGCGUCCCGGCGAUCAACGGCAACAGCCUGACGGGGCUCUUCUUCUCCAGCAUCGGCCAGGAGCUCGCUCACUUUCCCACGCCCCCCGCUGUCGACUCCCAGUUCUGGCUGUGGCUGGUGACCUGGCACCUGGGGCUGUUCAUCGUGCUCACCUUCGGUCAGAUCGGUUUCAAGGGCAGGACCGAGGACUACUUCGAGAAGUGAAGCUGUUGGAAUAGUGCCACGUCGGUUUUACUUGCGGAUUCAAAAGCUCAAGAAAAGUGCAGAAGCGAUUAUAUAAGCUCAUCAAGUGCGUGCGUGCGUGUGACGCCGCAACGAGCCAUGCAUGCUUUGUAUAGGGCUCUGAUUUGGUCGUCCGUGUGAUGCUACUAUUUUACGAGCUUAAUGUAAUUCUAUCCCCUGCACCCUUGGCUUUUA